CUCAUUCUCUCUCUCUCUCUUUGGGGGGUGUGGGGGUUGGGAGCGUUGAACUCAUCUCUCAAUAAUGGGGAUGUGCGCCUUCGCAAUCAAGCUCAUGCUCAGCAAGUUCAGAGAUAUUUAUGAUGAGGAGUAUUUCAUCAGUACAUUGGCAAAUGAUGUUCGGGUUGUUAAUAAGAUUCCUGAAUACAUAAUGGAACGGUUUGACCACAAUGUGACCAAUGUCUACAAUUUUAGAGUUAAAGCAUGGUCAUCUAUUCAGUAUUAUAAGGAUGCUGUCUUACCAAAGCUUCUUGAAGAAAAGUGAGUUUAAAUUACUAUAGUUGCCUAUUCUUCUUCCAAGUUGGGGCUUGCUAAGCAUCGAUACAUGGUAAUAAAAAUGAUUCCUGCUAAAGGUGACAUUUUAUUGUCAAAGAAGUUACCUUUCCUUUAUCUACAAUUUUCCUCUGAAUAAUAGUAUUUAUUCCUUGCAUUGGAACAAUAGGCAUUUUUCUGUAUUCUAAGGUUUUCUUUUUCUGAUUAAUUUCCAGGCUCAUUAGGAUUUCUCCUUUUGCAAACCGAUUAUCUUUUGAUGCUCCUCCACCUGUCCAGAGACUUAGGUGCUUGGCAAAUUAUGAAGCGUUACAUUUUUCAGGUCCUAUAUUAAUUCUUGGAGAAACUUUGGUUGCAAGAAUGAAAGAGCAAAGUGCAAACAGUGGUGGCAAGUAUGUUUCUGUGCAUCUUCGCUUUGAGGAGGAUAUGGUUGCUUUUUCUUGCUGUGUAUUUGAUGGUGGAGAGCAAGAAAAAGAAGACAUGAAAGCAGCAAGGGAGAGAGGAUGGAAAGGGAAAUUUACAAAA